AUGAGUACUAAUUUCAAUAUUACAAAGACUUAUCUAAAGUUUUUAGAAGAUGAUAACGAAAUGACAAUGCCGAUUGCUGCCAUUGAAGCAUUGGUUACUAUGUUAAAAGUUAAGAAUCCAAGUACGUCAGCGGAGAUGAUCAACUCAGUAAAAUCAUCUACUUUAGAAUUAACAACCUCCAUCCCAAAUUCGAUAUCCUUAAGAGCUGGUUGUGAUAUUUUUAUGAGAUUUGUGUUAAAGAACACCCAUUUGUAUGGUGACUGGGAAAGCUGUAAGCAACAUUUAAUCGAAAACGGUCAGUUAUUUGUUUCCCGUGCUAAGAAGUCCAGGGAUAAGAUUGCUAAAAUCGGUAUUGAUUUCAUUACAGACGAUGAUAUUAUAUUAGUUCAUGGGUUUUCAAGAGCCGUUUCUUCUCUUUUGAGUUACGCUGCAGAGAAGCUUAUAAGGUUUAGAUGCGUUGUUACGGAGGCUAGACCUACUCAACAAGGCACACUGCUAUACAACUUACUUAAAAAUAAAGGUAUACCAGUAACCAUGGUAGUAGAUAGUGCUGUUGGUUCUAUUAUUCACAAGAUCGAUAAGGUAUUUGUCGGGGCUGAAGGUGUAGCCGAAUCUGGUGGCAUUAUUAAUCUCAUUGGUACAUAUUCUGUGGGCGUACUUGCAAAAAAUGCGAGAAAACCAUUCUAUGUCGUUAGUGAGUCCCACAAGUUCGUUCGUAUGUUCCCACUAUCUCCGGAUGACUUACCAGUAGAGAGAGAUCCAUUGGACUUCACUCGGAAUGAUGAACCUGAAUUGUUACGUAGCCCACUAAUCGAUUAUACUUCCCAUGAACACAUUACUGCACUAAUCACAGACCUGGAUGUGUUAACUCCAAGCGCGGUUUCAGAAGAAUUGAUUAAAAUGUGGUACGACUAA